AAUCAGGCGCGCGCACUUCAGGCAGCAGCACUAAAGGGCAUUUUCUAACGUUAUAAUGUAAUAUAUGUGUACAGAUUACACAUCAAUAACUUGUAGAUAACUUUCUUUUACAUUGUCGCACCAUUAGAAAGUGUGCUGCCUAGCUUUAUUUAAUUCCCAGUGUUAUUUUCCUCUUACUAAACAGUCCAUAUGGCUCGUUUCCCAAGCGUAGACGACAAGUGUGCAGUUUUACAUUUAUCCCGUCUGCAUCUGGACGACCUGAACUUGGAUCAUCUGGCGGACAGCAAAAGAAAACAGAUCCAGCAGCUUCACCUUACCUACAACCGCCUGACGCUUCUCCCGACUUCUGUCUGCUUUCUGUCCAACCUGGAGUAUCUGGAUAUCAGCAAUAACGCGCUCACGGUCAUACCAGAUGACAUUAUGCGAUUGAAGAACUUAAAGACGUUUGUUGCAAAGAAUAAUCUUUUGAACGAGUGCUCGUUUCCGAAGGACUUCGACUGCAUUCGUGUGGAGACUCUGAAUCUGAGUGGAAACAGGUUUGAGGAUAUUCCCGCGCAGUUUCUCAAAAUGACUACACUACAGUCCCUGUCCCUUGGAGGAAAUAGGCUAAAGGCUAUUCCUGAAGAAAUACAGAACCUGACCAGUCUAGAGAUGCUGUAUUUGGGAGGGAACCUCAUCUCCUCGAUCCCACCUGAGGUGGCUAAACUCACCUGUCUGAGAUACCUGGUCCUGUGUGACAAUCGCAUCCAAAGCGUACCACCCCAGCUCAACAAACUACACUCCCUGCUCUCUCUCAGUCUCCACAAUAACCUGCUGACCUUCCUGCCUCGUGAGAUCCUCAGCCUCGUUCAUUUGCAGGAGCUCAGUCUGCGUGGAAACCCUCUGGUGGUGCGCUUCAUCAAGGACAUGACCUAUGACCCUCCGUCUCUGAUGGAGCUCGCAGGGCGCACCGUCAAGUCCCAAAACCUUCCGUUCCGCUCGUGUGAUCUGCCGGCCAAUCUGAUCUAUUAUUUAAACCUGGCUAGCGAAUGUCCCAACCCAAAAUGUGCAGGUGUUUACUUCGACUCAUGUGUGAGACACAUCAAGUUUGUGGAUUUCUGCGGGAAGUACCGCCUGCCGCUUAUGCAUUACCUGUGCUCCCCGCAGUGUUCCUCUCCCUGCAGCUCAAACCCACAGAGCGACGCUGAAUCAGAAGAGGAGAACAGCGUCCCCGCAGACAGGCUCCAGAGGGUCUUGCUGGGAUAG